AGGGUGCUGUCCAGCAUGACAAAUGCAAUCUUGGCUCGAGUUUAUAAGCAUAAUGAUCUGGACCUAAUGACGAAAGAAGCCACGAUCCCAAUAAUCAAUGCAUUGUCUGAUUUAUACCAUCCUCUCCAGAUUUUAGCUGAUUACCUAACUCUUCAGGAGCACUAUGGUGGGCUGAACGGGCUUACUGUCACCUGGAUUGGGGACGGAAACAACGUCCUCCACUCCAUCAUGAUGAGUGCUGCAAAGCUGGGAAUGCACCUGCACAUUGCAACUCCCAAGGGCUUUGAACCAGACCUCAGAAUAACUAAAAUAACUGAACAGUACUCCAAAGAGUAUGGUACCAAGUUACUUCUCACAACAGAUCCUUUGGAAGCUGCAGAUGGGGCCAAUGUCUUAGUUACAGAUACAUGGAUAAGUAUGGGACAAGAAGAGCAAAAGAAAGAAAGACUGAAGGCAUUUCAAGGUUAUCAGAUUACAAUGCAGACUGCAAAAUCUGCUGCUUCCAACUGGACUUUUUUGCAUUGUUUACCCAGAAAACCUGAAGAAGUUGAUGAUGAAGUAUUUUAUUCUCCACGGUCAUUGGUUUUCCAGGAGGCUGAAAACAGAAAAUGGACGAUUAUGGCUGUCAUGGUUUCCCUGCUGACAGAUUACUCACCACAGCUACAAAAGCCUACAUUCUGAAGCUUGGAUUCCUGCCAAGAGAAAAAUAUUCCUCAUCGGCAGAAUAUUCUGGUCCACAAAUACGUAGAUCUUCUUCAGGAAGGAUCAAGGCAAUGACUGAUUCUUUAAUAAAACCGUGUAGUUAGCU